AUGGACCCACGCAAAGGCAAAUUCGCCGCCGGCGACGGCAAGAACCUCAAGCACGCUCGGUCUCACAGCGACGAUUCCGACGCAGACGCCCCUCCCAUGGGUUCUAUCGGCGAACUAGUCAGUCAACUGGAAAGCGCUGCGCCCGCCGAUCGUCGAGUGCUCAACCUGCCACCAGAGGGCUACAUCUAG